ACACAGCUGAACCAGCUGAACGCUGGUACGUCCUGAAUGUCAUGAACUCGGUGGGCGACGUCGAAGCGGGCUCCUCCAAGCCGUGGGACCAGCCGCUCAGCACGGAGGAUAUGAGAAACCGAGCGUCGAACUGGUCGCUGGCGGACGAUUCCCAGCUGCUCGCAUACCUGGAGUGCGUCUCACGGAACAUCACGUCGAGAAGCUACGAGAUUCAGAAGGAGUUGGACAGCCUCAUUCACGAAACUCGGGUGUCUGGUGUGAAGGUCAACAAUGUCAUCAAUGAUUUCAACCAUCUCAGUAGCCUUCAAUUCAUAGAAAAUAGGGUCUACGAUGAAGAAGCGAGGGAACCUGAGAAGGCUCAGAGUGAAGCUCAGGCCGAGAGCAAGGAGCAGCAGGAGGCGGAGCUGGUGCGUCGGAUGCGGGAUGCGUUCCAGCACGGGGUGCAGGUGGUGCGCUCCUCGCUGGAGUUUGUGGACCUGAACCAGGAGGGGGACUCGGACGAGGACUCCGAGGACGAGGGGGCACCGCCUGCCGAGCCGCUCUUCCGCUCCCGGGACCCCUACCUGCACCGGGCCCUGCCCCUGCUCAUCGGCAGCCAGGCCUUCGUGCAGGACGACAGGGUCGGCCUUGGGGACCUCCUCAGCGAGGACGAGGAGGAGGAAGAAAAAAGCAGUCGAGGAGAGUACGAAAGCGACCGGUCGGAGAGCGACUUUGACGAGGAGAAGGAAGCCAAGGCUCCGGCAGACACGAGGAUGGCACAGGCAAUGCUGCGGGAGUAUGGGAACCACUUGGAGAGCAGCGAGGAGGAGCUCUUUGACCAGAAGGCGGAGCUGCACUCGGCGAGCAGCGAGAGCGAGCCGGACUCGGACGCCGACCUGCUGCCCUCCGAGCCACCGCCCAAGAGGGGCUCCGUGUCUUCCAGGAGGAGCGAGGGCGCCGGGAGCGUGCGGAGACGGGAGGAGGACUUGUUCGGCGUGCCGAGCGAUGGAGAGAUGUUCACCGAGGCUGAGGAGCAGUCUCCAUUCAAGAAAAGGGGUGGCGCUUUCUCCAGCCCAAGAAAGCUGUUCGACGACGAUGAAGACGACGAAAAGGGGGACCUGUUCAACGACGUUCCGCCGGCGAAGGAGCGGGCCUCCAGCACGACCACUCGUCCGACGCCGCAGUUCACCCAGAGCGGGAAGAAGCUUCCGGCUGGGGCGCGGUCCAUGCUUGGAGGUUCUGGUCCACCGCCCCUGAUGCGAUCUGAAUCAAGGCCGUCGGAAGUCAAAGAAAAUGCUGUUCGGGCUCAGGCAGCUGCUGUACCUAAGCUCCCACCCAGAGCAUCGAGUACAGACGAAGAAGUGUUUUCUGAUCACUCUGACGAGGAGAAUGGCUUGUUCAAGGAUGCCCCCAAGGUCGUUCAGCGGCAACAGAGUGAAAAAGAGGAGCGUCCAGCUCCGUCUUCCAGCGGCCUCUUUGACACCCAGGCCAGCAAAGCAGCGCCUGCGCCUUCCAAGCCUGCACCCAAGACAUUCUCUGCGGGCGGGCUGUUUGACGAGGAGGAGGAGGACGACCUCUGGGCCCCCGUCAAAAAGGAACCUAGCAGCCUGCCCAACAGUGUCAAGACGGAAACAUCAGCAUUGGCAAAGGAACCGCCGCCUCCGGUGAAGGAAGAGGAAACCCUGCGGGUAACCCAAGUUUCAAAACCCGGUGGCCUCUUCGAAGACGACGACGACCUCCUCUUCGUUUCGAAUCGCGACAGCCAGAAGGCGGAAACAAAGCCGGAAACAAAGCCGGCCAAGUCGUUUCUGUUCGACGACUCCGAGGAGGACAUCUUUUCGAGUGCCGUCCCCGCACCCGGAGGCCCCGGGGCCGCCGAGCCCUGGCCGAGUUCGUCGGACGGGGGGACCUCGGAAGGCGCCGAGGCCGGGCCCUUCUUGGCCAAAGGGAGGGCUGCCUCGAGGGGACUGUUCCUCUUCGAAGACGACGUGCCAGUGCAAGAGCCACAAAAGAAGGAGGAGCCCGAGCCGGUGCCGGCUGCCGCGAGGAAGCCGACGCGCGAGUCGAUCUCGCUGUUCGACGAGGAAGAAGCGGACGAGGACCUGUUUGCGGACAGGACUCCGCCCACGCACAUGGCGGACAGCCAGAGCAGCCACAGCAUCCAGAGCUCCUCCUGGAGCAUUGGGUCUAAGGGAGAUGCGGAGCCGGCGUCGGUCCGGGGAGAGGCGGCCUCUGAACAAGUCGGAAAGGCGAGGAGCGGCAGCCGGUUCUUGUUCGAGCGAGAGGACGAGCUCUUUGGGGGAGUCGCCGACGAGGACGUGGACCUCUUUGCCCCGACCGAGUCUGGCCAGCCGGUUGCAGAUUCGUCCAGCCAGAAGAAACCCGUGGGCGGAGUUUCUCUCUUCGGAGGCUCCACUCUCUUUGGAGACGAGCUCAAGCACCGGCUCGGGAGGGUUGGCGGUGUCCUCGAGGAGCCGGAUGCAGACGUACUGGACGACGGCAGUGGUGACCUGUUUGCAGCAAAGCCCAGGGCUAGGCCGCCGCCUCUUCGAGAUACCAAGGUGGUGUCCGUCAGCUUCGACGAGCCGGCCGACCAUAUCACAACGCUGACGAGCGCAACCAAGGACCGUGCGAGGAUCCAGGCCAAGAGACGGCCGCCUUCCCGCAAGGGGCGUCAACCCAGGUCCAGCGACGACGCCCCGUCUUCCGACAGCGGCGGCUCGCCGGCUACGGCGGUUCUCAGAUCGCCGCCGACGCCGGCCCGCAGCACCGCGGUGGCUUCUGCGACGGAUACGGUUACUCCGACUGCGGGAGAAGGGAAGGCGCUUGCAGUCCACGGGUCCUCGUCGACGCUCCCCAGCAUGGUCAAGUCUCCGUCGACGGAGGAAGAGGACCUCUUCUCCGUCGUCGAAAACAGCCUCCGCCCCGUGCCGGAAGCGAGGCGCCCGGGACCUUCCCUCGCUCCACCGCCAAGGCCCCAGGAGGUGCACGGGUCACAGGCUCCUUGGAAGGGCAUCUUGGAUGACAGUGACGAGGACCUGUUUUCUUCUGUGAACCCCGCCGGGAAGACUGCUCCCAGCCGGCCACGGAGCCUACAGGAGGGCUCUAGAGGCUCCGACGCACUGUUUGGCUUCGGUGACGGUGACGUCAAGGCAAGUCAAAGCACAAAGAAGGCAGCUACCAUGUCAUUCUUGCAUGACAGUGACGAAGAUACGAAGGCAUUACCCAGGGAUUCUCCGAAGAAAGAAGCCACUGGAGUCUUGGACGAUGACGACGCGGACAUCUUCACGUCAUCUUCAAGGGCACUGUCGAGCCGUCCCAAGCGCAGCACUUUAUUUGACGACGAUGACUCAGAUGACAUUUUUGGCACAAGGCCGGUGGCUCCCAGGGCGAGCACGGCCGAAAAGAAGAGCGUGCCUCCGGUGAAGAAGUCUCUGCCCAAGGUCCCAGAUUUCAAGGACCCCCUCCUGAGCGAACUGGACAACUGACAGACGGGGAUUCUGCGGGGCCUCUCUUUUCCCCGCUUUUUGCUUUCUGGGGGGAGGGGAGCCCCUUUUUUUUAUUUUUAUACGCCAAUCUUUCAGCUUUUAUAGCCUUUGUACAUAAUGUGUGUACAUAAACAACGGGAAUAUUUAAAUAUACAAACGUCGAUCAUGAUGCGAGGUGGACAUAUUUUGUAGUUAGUUUUGCUAUCAUAAUUUUUUUGUUGGCAAGUUUUGUGGCUAGUCGAACUUAAUUACGUAAACCCAGGCAAGCGGUGCUUUUGGUCGUCUGCUUUUCCAAGCAUCAGCGUUAUGCGCGCUUUAAUAGCUUUGCAAGCCAAAAUAAAACAAGUUGCCGAGA